CCAAAGCCCAGGAUGAAGACUUGUCUACUCAGCGUGGAGUUUCUCCUUCUAGUGGCUCACUUGCUUGUGGUCAACGGACAGCUGGAACCACAAAGGCAAGCCCCCCAGGCUCCUCUCACUGCCACCCAGAAAUCUGGACUUGUGGAGAGAGACGUGCAAGGUUCUGCAAGGCCCAACUUCACUGUGCCUCGCCGUCGCUUUCCCCCCAUGUGCAUCGGGCCCACAGAGAUUCGAGACACGUUUAAGUACAUCAACACUGUGGUGUCCUGCCUGGUGUUCAUCAUUGGCAUCAUCGGCAACUCUGCUCUCCUGAGGAUCAUCUAUAAGAAUAAGUGCAUGAGGAACGGGCCUAACAUACUCAUCGGCAGUCUGGCCCUAGGUGACCUGCUGCACAUCAUCAUCGGCAUCCCCAUUAAUGUUUACAAGCUCCUGGCGGAGGACUGGCCGUUUGGGGUAGUUCUGUGCAAGCUGGUGCCCUUUGUCCAGAAAGCUUCAGUGGGGAUUACUGUGUUGAGUCUGUGUGCUUUGAGUAUUGACAGGUAUCGGGCGGUGGCCUCAUGGAGUCGGAUCAAAGGAAUAGGCCUUCCAAAAUGGAUGGCUAUUGAGAUAGUGCUUAUCUGGAUCUUAUCCAUCGUCCUUGCUGUGCCAGAAGCAAUAGCCUUCGACAUGAUCUCCAUGGACUACAAAGGAGAACACUUGAGGAUCUGCCUGCUGCAUCCCAAGCAGACGACACACUUCAUGAGGUUUUAUAAAUCAGCGAAGGACUGGUGGCUGUUCGGUGCUUAUUUUUGCCUGCCACUGGCCUGCACGGCUGUUUUCUACACCCUGAUGACCUGUGAGAUGCUGAGGAAGAAGAACGGUGUGCAGAUUGCCCUCAGUGACCACCUCAAACAGCGCAGGGAGGUGGCGAAGACGGUGUUUUGUCUGGUUCUGGUCUUUGCUCUGUGCUGGCUGCCUCUCCACCUCAGCCGAAUUCUGAAACUCACCAUCUACGAUGAAAAAGAUCCGAACCGCUGCGAGCUGCUCAGCUUUUUCUUGGUGCUGGACUACAUCGGCAUCAACAUGGCCUCCAUCAACUCCUGCAUCAACCCCAUCGCACUCUAUAUGGUCAGCAAGCGCUUCAAGAGCUGCUUCAGGUCCUGCCUGUGCUGCUGGUGUCUUCCUGCAGAGAUGCUACUGGACGAAAAGCAGUCGUGUCUGAAACUUAAAGUCACGGAUCAAGCCUCUGAGCAGAGUAACUCCCGGUCCACCAACAAGUCUGUCACAGCCUGAUGAGGCAGCUGGAGGUGAGACAGAAGGAGCUCCAAGAACCACACAAAAUUAAAAAAGAGAAGACGCUGACAAUAACUAAAAUGUAUAUAAAGUGAUGUAUGAAUGAGUGAACAUGAUGCCAUUCGCUUCUUAUCUAUGGUGUCAGAUAAGCUUCAGAGGCCCUCAAGAGCUGCAACUGUGGCUGAGUAGAGUGAAGUUAAUCAGUAAACUGGUCUAAAUAACAAGGAAUGUGAAAGAUGUUGAGAGUGGAUGUAA